ACCUAUAUGAUGGAACGAACGGAGGCGAAAAAAUGUAAAAGAAAAGUAGGAAGGAAUGGGGGAAAGAAAAAAGAGCACAAAGAGACAGUGGCGACGCAAGGUCGAGUAGCAUUCCGAAAGUUAAAGAGUUUCGCUGUAAACGAUAGCUACGUAGUGGAAGGUGGGCACCUCGGAGGUGGAGAGUAGGUGGUGAAGUGGCCGAGGAGAGAGAGUGCAAGGUUUAGGGUAGGACGCAGCUCGCAGGAGCAGUAAUAUCGAUCGAUCCGUCGAGUUCGAGGCUCGACAGGGUCGACUGGGGGUGCUGCAAGUAGAAAAGCUCUCCCAUAAGCAGGCAAGCUGGCUGGCUGGCUGGCUGCCCGGGCACGGACUGUUUCCACUGUCUGUCUGUCCGUCCGUCUCGUCUCGUCUCGUCUCAUUUCGUCUCGUCUGGUCUCGCCGCGUCUAGUCUCGUCUAUCUUUGCCUCUUCGCUCUUCUUCUCGUCUUGUUCUCGUUCAUUGCAUACAGAGACACAUACAACAUACAUGAUUUUGGUGUCGGUCUCGGUAUCAUCGUUUUGAUACACCAUGUAACGUUAUAAUGUACUCGGUGUGACGUGGAAUAACAAGAAAGAACGCACGAUAGGUUCGCAAAGAGGUUCGGUUUGUCGAAUCGUUUUGCUUGAUUGUGUGUUAUCUCGUGUCGUGCCGUGGACGUACGCGCGGUACGGUUCAUCGCUGUGACCUUGAGAAGCAGUGACAGUGCGUGUCUCUGACCUUGGCACAGGGUUCGCCAAGUUCUCCGAUGGCAGCGCGAGCACCGCUGCCAGCCGCGACGACAGCUGAUCGACCACCGGCCAAGUGGAAUCCCAGUGGAGGAUGUGCACCGACUGGAUUGCGUCACCGAGCAUAAUCAGGAGAUAAACAGAAAGAAGUUUCUGAAGAAUGAACAUCGAGGAAAGAAAUUGGUGUAGAAAAAUCGAUGAAACGGAAGAUAUAUAGAGGUUUACCGCUUGGACGAAGCUAUACAUUAACAAUGGACACUAGUGAAUCAAGAACAGAUGCGCCAGUACGAGUUCUCAGACGUUUGCAGAGCAUGAAGAGGAGAAGAUUCGUCUGACUUCGUAGACGCGUUCGGUGCCAGUUUAGAGAAUGGAGGAGUCCUCACCAAGGAUUCGUUCCUAUCUGGAAUGCUGGGACAGACGUAGGAAAGAGAAAAUGUUCAAGAGAUCCUGUUAAAUGGAAUUUAAAGGCAAGCAGAACGAAGACAAGUACUCGGUGGCGAACAGCCAGGCACCAUUGCAGGCUGGCGAAGAGGAACACCCAGAACGCGGUACAUGGACAGGGAAAUUCGACUUCCUGUUGUCUCUUCUGGGCUACAGCGUCGGCCUUGGCAAUGUCUGGCGAUUUCCGUAUCUGUGCUACUCGAACGGAGGGGGUGCUUUCUUAAUACCGUUUACGAUAAUGCUCAUUAUCGCCGGGCUUCCUCUCAUGUUCAUGGAGCUUUCCUUAGGGCAGUACGCGAGCCUUGGCCCAGUGGCAGCAUACAAACGCUUCUGCCCCUUACUCCGCGGAUUGGGGUAUGGAAUGGUGUUGGUCAGCUCGGUGGUGAUGCUCUACUACAAUUUGAUCAUCGCCUGGACCCUUUAUUACAUCUUCGUCUCCGUGGCCGGAGCUGGUAAACUGCCAUGGAGCAAGUGCGAACCACCAUGGAGCACCGAAGACUGCUUCAUGCCAGAAGCUGCCGAGGCGUGUAUGUCUCAAAAUAUGAGCUACUUCAAAACAAGAUGUUUAAAUUCCACUCAGAUGGCCUCCAUGGGCCUGACUAUAGAGAACAUCACUAGUGCCAUUAGAAGACCACCUGCUGAGGAAUAUUUCAACAAUCACGUGUUGGGGAUGAGUAGCGGCAUCGAGGAGACAGGUUCAAUUCGACCCUCGAUGGCAGUGAAUCUCCUGUUGGCUUGGAUUAUCGUCUUCCUCUGUCUGAGCAAAGGUGUUCAAAGCUCGGGAAAGGUUGUAUAUUUCACUGCUCUCUUCCCAUACGUCGUUCUGAUCACUCUUUUCAUUCGAGGGAUUUUACUUCCCGGCGCCGACGAGGGCAUUCUCUUUUAUCUAACGCCCGAUUGGAAAAGGCUAAUGUCCGCGAAAGUAUGGGGCGACGCGGCUGUGCAGAUUUUCUUCGCUUUGAGCCCUGCUUGGGGUGGUUUGAUAACGCUCAGCUCCUACAACAAAUUCACCAACAAUUGUUACAAGGAUUCGUUGAUCGUCGCCGUCAGCAAUAUCGGCACGUCCUUCUUCGCUGGUUUUGUCAUUUUUUCUGUGAUCGGAUUCUUGGCUCACGAGCUUGACGUUCCUGUCGCGUCUGUCGUCGAUCAGGGUGCUGGACUGGCUUUCAUUGUCUAUCCUGAGGUAGUAGCUCGUUUACCAGUUGCACCACUUUGGUCGCUGCUCUUCUUCGUGAUGCUGCUCACUUUGGGUCUCGACUCUCAAUUCGCAUUGAUGGAAACUGUUACCACAGCGAUCCUUGAUGCCUUUCCAGCAUUGAGAAAUUACAAAUUAUGGGUUGUCCUGGCAGCAGCUGUAUUCGGUUACGCCGGUGGUAUCAUUUUCACUACCAAUGCUGGUAUGUACUGGUUGCAAUUGAUGGACAAAUACGCAGCGAAUUGGUCGGUGUUAUUGAUCGCCAUAGGCGAAUGUAUCUUGGUCGCUUGGAUCUACGGUGCGGAUCGAUUUCUCGACGACGUGCAGCAGAUGAUCGGACCUCGUAGUCGUCCCUGGAGAUUUUUCUGGACGUGGAUGUGGAAAGUGAUUACACCAGCUACGCUCUUCUUCAUCCUAUUUUUUAAUUGGGUCGAAUACGAACCGCUUACAUACGGUGGCUACGUUUAUCCAAAAUGGGCGGACGUUGUUGGAUGGGUUGUCGGUAUAAUACCAGUAUUGGUCAUCGUUGGCGUGGCUCUCAAUCAAUUGAGGGAUCGGCGUCGUCGUCCUGCCUACGACGAGGACGACGAUGAUGACGACGAUCUCGACAACAGGCUGUCGUGGCAAAGACCAGGAAAAGGGAAAACGAAGAAAAGCAACGGGAAGAAUGUUUGGUGGCGCGCGAAGAUGCUUUUACAACCGACUUCUGAUUGGGGUCCUGCGGCCAGAAACCCUUCUACCCCAUCGAGAACGCUCACUCAUACACCGUCGCCAGGCCCACCAGCAGGAUACAAUUCCGUGAGAGACACCAUAGUCCUGGUAAACGGUCAGCCAAUGAUACAACCCUCGGGCACGUCUGGCACCACUCAGAAGCUUCCCGGACCGUCGAUCCUGAAGAAUUCUAGUAAAACCGAUUUGAUCACAUCCCAGCAAGUCUGACACGAUGUUCAUUUUAUCUGUAAAGACGAGUCUGCCCAGAAAUCUAUUGCCAAAGAUACAACAGGCCAAUAACAAGUAGUUGCAUAUCGCAGAUAGGAUCGAUGAUCGAUCGGGUGGCGGUCAAACGAAGAAUGGUAUUGAACGUUCCAAUAGAAGAGAGAUAUUCCUAUGGAUUUAUUUUUUUAAAGAGGAAUAGUCGGUGUAUUUUUUCAUAUACUCGAACCUCACAAUCCUAUUAAAUUAUAUCUUUCAUUCAAAUAGAAUCUACGAUUAAUUAUAUGACAAUUAAAGUAUUUUUGUAAUUUAUUAAAUUAUUUUAAAAUUCUUAAUUUUCAUUUUCAUUCUCGUUUGCUUUACCAGAGAAGAUGUUUGAUAUUCUGCUUUCUUUUUACAAGUUUCACAGUUCCAACGUAGACUCGUAAGAAUAUUUAACCAUUAUCGUCGUUUAACAUUAAAUGGCCACUAUUUCGUUGUAAAAUAGUAUGUGAAAACUUGUAAUCGGUAUAGCGAAUCGCAUGAAAUGUAGGAAAGAAAAGGACUAAAAAAAUUUAUCGAUCGCGACUAGAUAGAAGACUGUCGAUGUGACGAAGGUGCUGCGUGAAGAAACUGUGACACGACUCCAGCACGCGCGCUGCGAUGUAAAACCGUUAGGAAAAAUUACGCUACUCCACUGCUUUCGAUUGUACAUACAUAAGGACACGAAGAAUACAAAGAAAAUGAUAAAAAAAAAUCUCACACACGGACGGUAAAAUAUCAAGAGGAUAACGAGAGGAAUAAUGGAAUUAAAUAAUUGUAACGUAUUCUAGCGAGGAAAGUUACGUAUUUAUCGCUACCUACGCUGAAGCGUCAUUAUACAAAUUAUUAAGAUAUAGCAAUGACACUUCACCUUUUUCAGGUGGAAAUCACUGAACGAUUCAAUUGCUCCCGUGUAAGGUAUCUUAUCUAAGAUAAUGUUCACUUGCACAGCGGAUCAAUUUAGGCGUUCCGUGCGAUUAGGCAUGUUCGAUUUAGCCGUCAAAAUCAAGAGGAGUUCGCGGUUAAUUCCUCCUCGUCGCAAUUCAUAUCUAUGUAAUCUCGUAUCACCCGCCAUAAACAAACAAAACACAAAAAAAAAAGAAAAAAAAGAAAAAAAGAGAGAAGAAAAUACAGGCUAAAUUUCUAUUAAUCCACUGGACAAUUUUGUCGCAGAAUAUUUGUUGUUAUCCGACACGUUCAGUCGCCACCAUCUGGUUUUUUGUAAAGCACCAUUUCUAGUUACGCGAGCGUUCGGUAUUUUUUCGAUGUUGACUCGCGAAAUGUUUCAUAUCUAAGUACCAGCUACGCUGUACCGUUUAUCGAGAGAAUAAGUGUGAUCGUUCAAGAGCGCAAAUUUCGAGGAAUUGGAAAGUCGAGGAGAUUUAAAAAGGGAAGGAAGCGAAUCUAAUUGUAAGUGCUGAGAAAGCGGAAAAAUGACGCGGUCUUAGACAGUAUUAUCUUGCUGAAGCGAGGAUGAUUAGCGCUAUCCUUCUUCCUGCGUUCACCUAUCGAUGUCCUCCAAAAACGAGAGAUCGCAACAAUCGUUAGUUGAUGGGGUAUAGAAUAUUUUUGUUAAAGACGCGAUUGUUGCACUAUUUUAGUCGUUUUAAUCCUUUCAGCGUUGCCACCAUCGUAGCAAUGGAAUUUAAAGUGAGAUUGAAAAUCUCUGGGAAUUUUAAUUACGUAAGAGAAUUACGUACUAAGCGUACGAUAGCGUAAGUGAUUCAGAUAUCUAUUUAUGCUUUUGGUUUACUUCUUUCGAUAUCUCCAACGACUGAUAAACAUGACAUUUUAUCGAAGCUGAGUACUCUUAUUUCCAUUUUCACAGACUGAAAAUAGAGAAGAAUAAUUCAUAACUAUGAUGAUCUAUUUUAUUGACUUUUUUUAAAUUAGAAAUUAUCGUUACCGAUAGCGAUGAUAGUAAGAUUGAAGCUUUUACAAAGAGUCAAUAAAUAUCGUGGUUCAAUGCUUAAAGGAUUAAAUUGUUGAGCGUCAAAGAUAUAUAAUGUUCAGCGAUAGAAGAGAAUUAUUUGUCGUUAUAAUAAUGUACGCAAUAUGAUCGGAAGUGGGAGGUCGAAUUUAAACGGACGAAGUACGACAAUUACUUACAAAGGUUUCGAUGAUGCGAUGCGAAUUAUACCGCUCUGCAUAUUUCGACGUGGAUAGUAAAGUUAAUGGUCGACGUUUACCCUUCGAUGUAGUCUCUGAACAGGGUAAGCAGGUGUCGAUAAACAAUUAACUACGCUACUUGAGAUAUUGUAAUGAUAGGAUCACGUACUACAAAAAGAUUUAUGGCUGGAUAAUUUGUUGAGCAAUAAAUAUGGAUAAUUUCUUGUGCAAUUAAUAUUGAAAUACUAAAAGAAAAGAGUAAAUAAAAGUAACAUGUAACAUUUACAAGUUUUUUAAAAUUUAUAUUAGCUUCCAUAUCUUGAAAAUUUAUUGAAUUAUAAUUAUUUGUUAUAUCGACGUGGCUACCGUUACUUUUUAUAUUCAAUUCAUUAUUUGUUUCAUUACUUUUAACAUUCAGAAAUUAAUUUCUGCAAAUAUUAAUUAUUUCGCAAUUUCUAGCUAAUAAUAUCGUUAGACAGGGAAUCGCGUUUUCUUCGAUUCUAUCUUAAAAUUUGUCACAUGUAGCAUAAACAGGUCGACUAUUUGCUUGACUUGUAUAUUAAAAGCUUAUAUUUUUCGAUCGUUGUACGCAGAAGUUAUUUCGGUUAAGAGACUCAGGGAGAAGCAGCUGCUUCGAUAGUUUAAUUCUGUAGUCUAUAAACUGAGCUUAGAAACAUAGGGGAGUUCCUUUUAUUUUUUGCUAUUAAUAUAGAUAGGUGGUAGCCAUAUUUGUAAAGGGGAUAACACAAGCCAUUAAGUCACUUUUAUUUCUCUUUACACAAGACAAGAUGAAAAAUAUAUACCAAAAUAGGUAUGAACUUCUCAUUAAAAAAUUUAUCGAUGCUUUCGUUUUAAAUAAUUUUGGUUGGCAGAAAAUAAGAAAGCUUAAUUGAGAAAAUCAUUAUAUUAGUAAUAAAUAAUGUACGUUUAGAGCUUUUUGUAAUCCUAUUAGUUUCUUUCCUUAGAAAUCAUUUCGUCGAGUUUUGCAUUAAUUUUCUUUUACAUAUUUACAUACAUACUUAUUAUAGAAACUUACUAAUUAUAUUAUUAUUAAUUGUAUAGAAAUUAAAUAUGCACAUAUUAAGCUCCUUCUUCAAAAUUACAAAAGAAGAAAACAGAAAUUAAAAGGUCGUGAUCCCUUACGUACGAUAUUUUCGGCCAACGAAUACUUCGCCCGCUUAAACUUGCAAUUCGAUCGCGUCCACAAUUGGAGGACGACGAACACUUGAUCUGUCCUUGUUACACUUAAAAAGACAAAGAAAAGAACUCUAUUUUCUUGUAGAUCGACUGUCGAGUGUUUCCGCGUGUAUAACGCCUCCAAUUCCCGUUAUCAAUUAUAAUAUCUAUUUUCCAGCUGCGUAAACUUUUCAGGGUUUCACCUAGUCUAUUAGACUAAUAGCUGUUCUGCGUGCUUCUGAGAAUCGAACGCUUGUUCCGUAGAGUGUAGAAGAGGAAGAAAAAGAAGAAAAUGAAGAGGAAGAAGAAACCGUGUAUUGUAUAUAUAUAUAUAUAUAUAUAUAUGUAUAUAUAAUAUAAUAUAUUCGUAUAUAUACAUAUAUAUAUAUCAUAUAUAUUUAUUUUUGUGUGAACCAUAGACAGUGAGAUGAUGGAAGGGUAUUUAGAACGAAGAGGGAAGAAGGAGGAAAGAGGAGAGGGUUGUGUCGUUUCACGGUUCAGCGAGAAAAGCGUUUCGGAUCAAUUCCUAAAAAUAGGAAUUAUAAAAUAAACGUUUAAGUCAGUGAUGUCUCGCAAGUACACCGGACACGCGCGUACAUAUGCAGUCAAUAAACGUGAGAAAUCGUGAUUCUUUAUUUUUUAUGUGACCCCGUUUGUAAAGUGUUGUUAGCUGUAUCAUAUGUAUAACAUUUAUCGGUAUACUUUACGUAUAUAUGUAUAUACAUAUACACAUAUACAUAUACACACGUUACAGGAUAUACAUAUAUAGUAUAUUAUACACAUUAUUGUAUAUUAAAUAUUUACAUUAUAUUUAUAGGCGCUUGUACACUGGUGUACGCGUCGCAUAGUUUAUUAUAUUACGUGUACAAAAGACAAGCAUAAGAAAAUAAUAAAAAAAUACACGACACGAUUCAUCGUUUGAUAUAUCGCAAGAAAGAGGGAGGUUCUGAGCGAGCAAAUGUCACGAAACAAUUUAACUAGACAUUAAAGCCGAGAAAAAUAGAAAAAAAUCUCGCUGCGUUCAAAUUACGAAAAGGCAGACAUACAAAAUGUGUUAACUCAUAUCCGUGCGCGUGAGAAUCUGUGUGGUGCGAUUUUUUUUUUCGCUGCGUUUCGUUGAGUGAGUGAACACGACGAAAAGAAGUGUGGAAAGUGUGUGUAAGUGUACUUUUCUAGAGUAACAAGGGCCUAACUCCACUUUUUGUCCUCUUAACGGUCCACGUGUUCGCGUUCAUUGGUAACGUACACAAUUUUUAUUAUCACAAAUUGAUUGGUCUCGUCCAAGUAUUUUUCGUUUGUGCAUAAAAUGAGCGUAGCUAAAAUUAGAGUAUCGUUUUAAAAUCCUUUGACUUGUUGUUUACGUUAAAUUCAACGAACAGGAAAAAAUACAAGUUGCCGCGAAACUUUGCCUCUUAAAAGUCUUUUUUUUACACGGUGAUUCGUGGUUACAGGAAUUUUCAGCAAACCGUUUUCAUUAGAAUAAGUUUCACGAGCUUUACGUAAACAUGAAAUUUGCAAACGAUGAAAAUUUCGAAGCAUCCUGCGACCAUACGACUCGUUCGUAAGAAAUCGCAGUUCUCGUUAUAUCUGCGAUCGAUAUGGUUUGUAAGUAAUGAAAGUGGACGUUAAGAGUAAAUAUUCGUCCUUUGCCAUUAAUCCUUUGCUCAAAGGGAUGAACAAGUGGAGGAGGAUUCUCACUAUUGGCGUACAAGAUGAAUCCUCGGUGACCUAAUUAACAUUUUAGAAUCUAGUCGUUGUUAAUACUCAGAGCUUCACAGAAAAUAGGCAAAAAAGUAAAAAAUAAAAAAAAAAAAACAUUAAAUAGAGCGAUAUUCGAAUCCCAAGAUCGGAAUUCGUAUCCAAUCGAGGCUCGUUAGCUUCGCAUUGAAGACAAUGAAAGUUUAUCGAAUCGAUUCAUAUUCAAAUACCGAAACCCAGGACUUUGUAUCCCAGUUAGUCUUUCAGUUAAUUGAAUGCCCGAAAUCCUGUCGAUCCUCCAUUUUACAAACAUACGAGUAGGUACAAAACACGGUGAUCAAAAUACCAAGUAUACAAUUAUCCAUUAAGUAUCAUAGAUUUUAAUAAUCUAUCGUUUGUAUUAAGAUCCGUCUGUUUUCGAUGAAACGUUCAUUUCCUUUUCAACGAAAUAUUUCCGCUAUUGUUCGUUUAAUGGGAAGAAGCAUUAGACUAACCGCAUAAGCUUCGUUUGGAUUAGUCAAGUUACUUCGAUUCAACAAAUUUCGAUUCGAGUAAUACGAAACCAGCCUGGAAUUCUCAUCUAUUUUACUCGAAUUUCUAUGCUUGUUCUCAUCUAUUAUCGAAGUUUCUUGAUAGCAAAUGAUUUGCAAUAUUUCACAUACCGGUACGAAUGAAUUUACUUGACUAAACGAAUUAAAUAUGCUUUCAGGUUUUAAAAACAAACUCGAGACCUUCCAGUUGUUGGUUGACUUAAAGAAAAAAAAAAAAUAAUAGUUGCUAAGUGAUGUAAUCUUAUUUGCAGAUUUUUUUUAGUACUUACUGAUAUGUACCGAUACCUUUUCUUCUAAACUUUACAUUCCGUUAUAUUUCGUAUAUAUAAAAUCUCUCUAUUAUGCAUAUAUGUUUCUAAUUACAAAUCGAUAUUUUUUACGUACGUUCAUAAACACGAUCCCUUUAUUCUCCAUCAAGUGUCCUCUUGAAAUUCAAGUAACUUAAUUAAUCUGAAUGAAGAUACACGUACUGAUAUAUUCAGAUUAGACAGAAACGAAAUUAUACCGAUAGGAACGCGAGAAACGCACUCCAACUAGCCAUAUCCGAGACAUAAUCAAGAAACAAAGAAAGAAAAGAAAAGAAAAGAAGAAGCAAGAAUUCUUCGUUUAAGGGAACCCUGACGAACGAUUGUUCGAUCGAUGGACAGAUUUUGCCAGCUCGAGAAAUGCGAUUAAAAAGAGUACGGAGAAACAAUCGCGAGAGAAAAGAGAAGAUAUAAAGUGCUUGGGAUUCGUGGGAAGAAAGGGUGACUGAUAGAUAAGCAUUCGACAGAACUUUAAUGUCCUUAGGCUAGAUAGGCGAAUCUAAUGCAGGUUUAAAAAGGAAUUUAAACAAAAGAUUUAGCGCGUUAUUGACAACAACAAUAACAAUAUUUAUUAUUAUAAAAAGAGUUAUGUUAUAUACAAAAGUAAUGAAUAAUAAUAAUAAUUAAAUAAUAUAAAUUAAUAAAUAGAGAGCAUUAGCUGCCGGUUUAAACCGGUCAGGCCACGUGGUCGACUGUCCUAGAUAGGGUUAAGAUUUCGGUGACGUAGAAUUAUCGGUAACGAUGCGGUAACUUUGUUUGCUAUUAAAAUGAAAAGUAUAAAGUCUCAUGGUUUAAAUGGCUUGUACAUUUCAUUAAUUAAAUAUAAUUAGAAGAAAAUAAUUGCAACUAUCUCCUGUGUAUAAUUUCCAAUAAAAUCAUAUUUGAUAUUUAAUAUGAUUUGUAAGUGUUUAUCGAUUAAUAGAUUUACGUUUCAAAGUACUCGAACUGAAAAAUAAUCUUCCUUUGGCUAUUUCGUUUCUAAGUUGCUGCAGAGAUCGUUCGUGCGAGGAUUUCGAUGCGUGAAUUCAGGGUUACCGAGUAAUGUUUCGGAUUUUACGUCACCAAGAGCAACCAAUAGAGCGAACAGUACAAAGUAACGUGUCCUAGAGCUAAUCGAGAAAGAGAAAAGCGUUCGAGAGCGAGGAUAGUGUUAGGCGGUAGCAGAUGCGUUAUGUUUUAUGGGAAACGAUAGGAUUAAUAUUCGUUCGCGUUAAUAAGACAGAUUUUUGUACGUUGGCGAGCAUGUGUCUAUGGAAAAUCGUUGGAUGUUGAAGAAGUAGCAUUAAAACUGCGAUUUGUGGAAAAUUAUUCUGGACGAAGAGAAGCAAUUUUAAUACGCUUGCUUCUAAUACGCUACUCGUGUCUCUCAGAUAAUAUCAAUGUAAAAGUGUUUACCUUUAAAAUCAGCCUAUGAUUCAGAAACCUUUUCAGUUCCAUUUCUUCAAGUAAUUCUUGUAAAUCUUCAUAUUUAUUUCAUUUUUGCGAGUUACAUUAUAAGGUACUUUACAAUUUCCUUGUUGUCAUGUGAUUUUGUUAAUAUAAGUUUAUACUACUGAUCAAUAAAAAAUGCUGACAUAUCUUUA